AUGGAUGAUGAACAACUGCGCCGUAUAGCGCGGGAUUUGAUAAAUACUGCAAUAGACAACGCAAUGGACAAAAUCUUUAAAGAGGAAAUGACUGGAGAUAUUGACCAGGGGGUGGAUGAUAUUGUGAAACUGACCAUUGGACAGUCAGUUACCGCCAUACGCGAUGGAAAAACUUCCCCCACCGAUGAUAAGAUGAAGGAAUGGGUAGGACACUUUGAUAAAGAAUUAAGCGAUAAAGUCGAGUUGACCAUUGGACAAUCAGACACCGCCAUCCGCGAUGGUCAAACCUCACCGUCUGACAAAAAAAUGGAAGGACUGUUCAAAACAACACCGGAAGAAAUGGCUGGAGAUCUUGACAUGGGGGUGGAUGAUAUUGUGAAACUGACCAUUGGACAGUCAGUUACCGCCAUACGAGAUGGAAAAACUUCCCCCACCGAUGAUAAGAUGAAGGAAUGGGUAGGACACUUUGAUAAAGAAUUAAGAGAUAAAGUCGCGUUGACCAUUAGACAAUCAGACACCGCCAUCUGCGAUGGUCAAACAUCACCCUCUGACAAAACAAUAGAAGGACUGUUCAAAACAACAUCGGAAGUACCAACCAUCACAACAGGAAGUAAUUCACCGGAGGUUAGUUACGCGGGAAUCAAUCAAGAAGUGGCCGGAAGCGGAAGUGACCAUCUGCUUCAAAUAACCACCGCCAUCAUCCAAGCUGAUGAGACCAUGACUACACGUCAGUUCAGCGAGACAUCCGGCAAAAAGAAUGUAUUGGGACGACUGUUUGACAUACUUUUUAAGAGAAACAAGAAUGGAGCCAAGAAAAUCGUCACUGCUAGAGAAGGUGGCAGCAGUGGCACCUCAGUCGACGGGCAGACGACAUGUUCAUCCAAAGCCCGCAGCAAGAAAGACUGGAUCCGUAGAAACCUGUUGUGCUGCUUCGUACGACAGACUGCCAAAGCGGGUGGAAAAUAUCAAUAA